AUGGCUCUCUCUCUCGUCCCCAUCGAGCUCCUACUCGAGAUCCUCUCUCUUGCUCUCGACCAGCAUCCAUGUCCCUCCAACAUUCUGUCCGUCGACAAAUCUUUCGCAGCGCUCGGAGGUCGUGUUCUAUACUCCCAUUUGCACUUCCGCACAGUCCGCCAGCUCAUCCUCUUCUCGGAGCAGACUGCUCGCCCCGCAUGUUUGCCAAAGAGCAUCGUAUUGGCUCUUGCGGGGGUCCAAAGACAUUUAUCUGGACAGGGCCUGACCCCGAGCAUCAUUUCUCCACCGCGGUAUGUACAAACCCUCCAGGCAUUCUGCGGUGACAUGACAUCAUGUCCGUUCUUGCGGUUCCAGAUUGUCCCCGCCGCUACGUUCUACCUGUUCAGAGCCAUACGAACUUGGUCGAACAUCGCCCACAUCACACUCACGAACCUCUCCUUCCCUUCCGACGAUCUCGGCAUCCAUGCACCGCUAUCACGCAACAUGCCCCUCCUGCCUGCCAUUCCGACCUUACGAACCCUGACGCUUGGUCAGGCAACACUCCUGCCCCCUAGUGCUGUGGCCGCGAUGAUAUGUCUACCGGGACAAGAAGGACUGGAAAUGGUGCGCCUCAUUGACGCGUACAGCGAAAGUAUAUGGGGUCCCAGAAUUAGGCGAAGGGACGUCGAGAAAGCCGCAGUAAUGCAGAGCAGAGCGAGGCGGGAGGAUACGAUCGUACUCAUCAGACGUAUCGUUAGGUGUGAAGCCAGGACAGAGCGGACUAUGGGCGGCGACCGUGCUGAAGAGAGCGACAAUUUCAUUUUAGAAUGA